CCACCUGCCGACGUCGCAGGCAAUCGCGAGCGGACACGACACGAAGCGCAGCGCAACCUGUCAACAGUGUCAACUGUAGCCCACGUUUGACGCACAUGACUGGUAUACGCGGCGAUCAAAACAUGAUAGAAUAGCCCGUGUGUGUGUGGAAAGAUGUGGGGUAACUACUGGGGCGUGUAUAAUGGGCUGUGUGUGUUGCUCGUCUCCCUCGUGCGCGGCCACGAUUUUCGGCACUUCGACGACACGGUCAUAUUCAAGAUAAACUGGGCCGGGAAGAGCGACGCGGAGCUGCUGGAGCCGCACCCGAACGCGGAGCCGUACUUCAUAACCACCGCCAGCAACGAGCGGUACAGAUGCGUCAUCCCGGACGCGACGGAGGAGGAGCACGAGUACAGCGAGACGUACAAUGGGCCGAAUCCGAUUGAGCUUCUGCAGCCGAUAUUUGCUCAGAACAGCUGCUCCUAUAGGCUAGAGUCAUACUGGACGUACGAAUUGUGCCACGGUAGAUACGUACGGCAGUACCAUGAGGACAGAGAGGGGAAGAAGAUCAAGAUGCAGGAGUAUUACCUCGGCACGCUGGACAAGGCGCAAAAGCUGAAGCUCUCGGCCUACUACGACGAACAGGCGAACAAUCCGAACAGGAAGUUGAAUAUACCCAUCAAGAAGAUCGACGGGAUCAACAUGCCGUACGUCGAGAUCGAGAUGACCGACGGUACGAUGUGCGACUUGAACAACAAGCCGAGAUCCGUCAAGGUACUGUACGUCUGUUACAAGCACGGCAAACACGACGUGUAUUCGCUGAAGGAGACCAUGACCUGCGAAUACGAGGCGAUCGUACUGUCGCCGGUAUUGUGCAAUCAUCCCGAUUACAAGCCGCAGGACACCGGGGAGAAUCAAAUUACGUGCCAGCCUGUGGAUAACGCGCCGAAGAAACCGAAGUCGCUUAUGAUGAUGGAGCUGGAAAGUCUAAAGAUGCGACAUCAGCAAGCGAGGGAUGACAAGCAGCAGAAAGUGUUUGCAAUCCUUCAUGUAGAUAAGGAGGGCCAGGACGGCGAGCCUAGAGUGAGGGUUGAGAUACAUCCACUGGACGUCGCGGAGAAACACGGUAAUAUUGAUGAUUCGGUCAGUGCAAUACCGACUGAUCAGAAUAUUAGCCCUGCCGAAGUCAGUCCUGUUCAGAAUUUCCUCAGCGGAAAGAACUGCCUGCACGGAGGCAACGGCUGGUGGAAAUACGAGUUCUGUUACGGGCGUUCCGUCGUUCAGUACCACAUAGAACGUGAUGGUACGAAGACGAUCGUUAAUCUUGGUCGAUUCGACAAGCAGAAGCAUUUGGACUGGAUUGCCGCGCAUCCGCACAAGAAACCGAAACCGUUGGAGUUGAGGAAGCACCUCUCACACUUUUACAGCGACGGUAGUAGCUGUGAUAAGACUGGAACUUCUAGGCAAACCGAAGUGAAAUUGAAAUGUGUGGAGAACCAUACCGCAAGCCCAUCUAGUGUAUCGUUAUUUUUAUUGGAACCAAAAACGUGCGAAUACGUUCUGGGAGUCGAAUCACCGUUGAUCUGUGAUAUCUUAGAAUACGCCGACGAAAAUGGACUUCUUAACGAUAAGUUUGAAGCGAAUUUCGAUAAGUUGAAGUCUAUGGCCUUGCACGCGGAACAGGACAAUUUAGACGAACGAAUAGCUAACGGAGAUGAUUAGAGAGCAAUUGAUUUGUCUUCUCGAUGUCUAUUUAAAAAAAUCCAACAGAACACUACUGUUUAAAUAUCGCAAUUAUAAAAAAAUGUUUAUGAUUUUAUUUAUAACAAACAAAAAUACAUUCUAUAAAACAUCAAUGAGUGAGAUUGAAAUUAAUUAACUGGAUUACAUAAUUGCGUUUGGUGUUAUUGUAAAAAGACUUGCAUUCUAAACCGUCUUAACAAUAUAAGUAUUUAAUAGUUGCCGCGCGUAGAUAUUCCCUCGUCAUGUAAAAGUGCAUAUCAAAAUCGUGUUAUAAUAUAUGCGACGUUUAUAAAUA